GGCUGCUCCCGGCGGGCCUAAGCCUUUGAGUCACCGGUGACAGGUGGAGGCGACAGCAGGCUCCAGACCUGCUUGUUCCGGCGGGUGGACUGGACGGGCUGACUUUGGCCGCUGCCCUUUCUCUGCUCUUGCUGACCUUGGCCCAGGGUCGGAGCCGAUGGCGGCUUGGGCCGUUGUCAGCCUGAGCAGGACCCCUGCACCGUGCUUGCUGGCUCUAGGUCCUGCAGCCCGGGCGGCUCUUCCGUGCGCCUCCUCUGGCUCCCAGCCUCACCUCCCGGGCUGUAGCCCUGUUCUGGGCCGGACGCUGCAUCUCACCAGGGUAUCGCCCGCCGGGCACAACAAGUGGUCCAAAGUCCGACAUAUCAAGGGUCCAAAGGACACUGAAAGGAGUCGCAUCUUCUCCAAGCUUGCUUUGAGCAUCCGCUUAGCGGUUAAAGAAGGAGGCCCCAACCCUGAGCUCAACAGCCACCUGGCCCAUAUCUUAGAGGUGUGUCGCAACAAGCACAUGCCCAAAUCAACGAUUGAGGCAUCGCUGAAAAUGGAGAAAACCAAGGACAUUUAUUUGUUGUAUGAGGGUCGAGGCCCUGGUGGCUCUUCUCUGCUCAUUGAGGCAUUAUCUAGCAGUGGCUCCAAGUGCCAUUCGGACAUCAAACAUAUCCUCAACAAGAAUGGGGGAAUGAUGGCCGAAGGAGCUCGCCACUCCUUUGACAAAAAGGGGGUGAUCGUGGUUGGAAUGGAGGACAGAGAGAAGAAAGAAGUAAACCUAGAGCGUGCGCUGGAGCUGGCGAUUGAAGCAGGAGCUGAGGAUGUCAAGGAAACUGAAGAUGAAGAGGAAAAAAACAUUUUUAAAUUUAUUUGUGAUGCCUCUUCACUGCAUCAAGUGAGGAAGAAACUGGACUCCCUGGGCUUGUGUCCUGUGUCCUGUACACUAGAGUUCAUCCCCAACACAAAGGUGCAGCUGGCUGACCCUGACCUGCAGCAGGCCGCCCAUCUCAUCCAGGCGCUUGGUAACCAUGAGGACGUGAUCCAGGUCUAUGACAACAUCGAGUAACCAGACUAUAUGUGCCCUCCAGCUCCUUCCUAAGCAAGUGGCAGCUCGUUCUGGAGCACAGGCUUCUACAGUGCCCUCUAAGACUGAAGCACAUUGGGGGCCUAGCAGGUUCAAAGGCAUAAGACCUGCAGCUUUGUGGACACAGGAAUCCCCAUACUUCUCUGGGGCCUCUGUCAGCUCUGCUGGUGUCUCAGCCCUUUUGGAUGAACCCACCUCCCCCCCGCCCCCACACACACACACACUCCCUCCUGGAUGCAGAGUGGGGCUAGUCAGCUGGUUAGACUGUGAUCUCAGGAAGUUGGCCCUUCUGGGGAUGGGAGGUGCUGUGAGGGCCCAUGUACUAGAAACUGAUCUUAAAUAAUAACAGUGAUCUGGGUU